UAAACGGAGAGCUUAAGUGUUAGGUCAUACAAACACAAGAUAUAUAACUUGCCAUAGCUAGCUGCUAGUCACAUUUCUUGAGUUUUGUUGAAAAUAUCGGAGUUAUCUAACACGUACACUCAAAACUUUUUGGGGGAGUGCAAUAUUGUCGGGUGCGAUCAAGAUUCAUAUAAAAUACAAGAAAAUGUUGCUAAGAUAAAGCCGUACGUAUUUCAAGAUUGUUGGGGUUCAUCAGUACUAUAUAUAUAUACCCGAUCGGCCUACUGCUUCACUAAGUACGUACGUACGUACGUACCAUAUACAUAUUCUUCUCAAGUCUAAUCAACACGUACGUACGUACAUAAAUACGUACACAAAAAGUAAGUAAUAGUAUGAUCAUGGCAUUUUUAUGGAGAUCGGCCGUGGCUAAUGCGCUUCUUCUUGUCUUUCAAUUUGGAUUGAUCUCCUGUGCUCAAACAGAUCCAGGUUACACAUUCAUGCACGAAGCAACAAGAGCUCCAACAGUCUCAUAUUACGAUUAUAUAAUAGUUGGUGGCGGAACCGCCGGGUGUCCGUUAGCCGCCACCCUCUCCCACAACUCCUCCGUCCUGCUCCUCGAACGUGGCGGCUCUCCUUAUGGAAACAACAACAUCACCGACUUGGCCGCGUUUGGGGCCGCCUUGUCCGACCUCUCUCCAUCCUCCCCUUCUCAACGCUUUGUGUCCGAGGAUGGGGUUGUGAGUGCCCGGGCCCGUGUACUUGGUGGUGGAAGUUGCUUGAACGCGGGCUUUUAUUCUCGGGCCGGCCCUGAUUAUGUGAGGCUUGCGGGUUGGGACCCAAAGUUGGUCAACGAGUCGUACCAGUGGGUGGAGAAGGUGGUGGCGUUUGAGCCGCCGUUGAAACAAUGGCAAACUGCGGUGAGGGACGGGUUGGUUGAGGCUGGGGUGUUGCCUUAUAACGGUUUUACUUAUGAUCAUAUGUAUGGUACAAAAGUUGGCGGUACCAUUUUUGACCAAAAUGGGCAUAGGCAUACCGCGGCCGAUUUGCUUCGAUAUGCAAACUCGAGUGGACUCACUGUGUUACUACAUGCACCUGUUCACAGAAUAUUAUUCACAACUCGUGGAAGGACGAAACCCAGGGCCCAUGGGGUGAUUUUUGCAGAUGAAAACGGGAUAGCCCAUCGGGCUUACUUAAAGAGGGGGUCCAAUAAUGAAAUCAUAGUGUCGUCUGGGGCUCUUGGAAGCCCGCAACUUCUGAUGUUGAGUGGAAUAGGCCCAAGAAGACAACUUAGAGCCCAUAACAUAUCGGUGGUUUUGGAGCAGCCCAUGGUGGGACUUGGAAUGUCUGAUAACCCCAUGAAUGCGGUUUUCAUCCCGUCUCCUAACCCGGUGGAGGUGUCUCUCAUCCAAGUCGUGGGUAUCACUCAUAAUGGAACUUACAUCGAGGCUGCUUGUGGUGAAAACUUUGCCGGUGGAGCUCGAACUCAAGAUUAUGGAAUGUUUUCUCCAAAGAUUGGACAACUCUCAACAUUGCCACCAAAACAAAGAACCCAAAAGGCGAUAGACAAGGCAAUUGAGGACAUGAAAGCACUUCCCCAAAGUGCAUUUGUGGGCGGGUUUAUCCUAGAAAAGAUCAUGGGCCCGAUCUCCACGGGCCAUUUAGAACUUACAUCCCUUAGCCCAAAUGACAACCCAUCGGUUACUUUCAAUUACUUCAAAGACCCUCGAGACUUACAAAGAUGUGUGGAUGGGAUCAAAAUCAUUGAGAAAGUAAUAGAAUCGAAUUCAUUUUCAGCAUUUAGAUUUGAUUAUCUGUCUAUAGUGACUCUUCUCAACAUGACCGCAAACUCACCAGUAAACUUAUUACCUAAACAUGCCAACGCGUCAAGAUCUUUAGAACAAUUUUGUAAGGAUACCGUGAUGACCAUAUGGCAUUAUCACGGAGGAUGCCAAGUUAAUAGAGUCGUGGAUCGCGAUUAUAAGGUUAUGGGUGUGGACUCACUCAGGGUCAUCGAUGGGUCUACAUUUCGUAACUCUCCUGGAACUAAUCCUCAAGCCACCGUGAUGAUGUUAGGAAGGUACAUGGGUGUUAAGUUGAUGCGCGAGAGACUUAGCGCCAACGGACAAGAGCGAGAUUAAGAAGAGUCACAUAUUUUAAAGUUUGCAUUGUGUGAUUAUUUGUUGGUUUUCAUGGAAAACACACUUUGUUUAGUUUUUUGGCGGACUGAUGUAAUAAAUAAAUAAUAAUUUAUUAAUUUAACGUUGAACAAA